AUGUUCUCCUACCGGUACCAGAAUUCGCUGGGUUCCACCUACAGGGGUGGUUCCCUGCAGUUUACCUCGGAUGGAAACUGCUUACUGAAUCCGGUGGGAAACCGGACACAAAUUCUUGACCUGAAGCAGAACCGGUCACUGUGCCUAGCCCCCGAGAACCGGAAGGACAUCAGCCUGCUCGCUUUGUCCCCCGAUAACCGCUUGCUUCUCUCCGUGGACGUGGAUGGCCACUCUUUACUCGUGAACUUCGCCAAAGCGACCAUUUUGCACCGUCUGAACUUCCGGACGAAGGUGCGGGACGCGGUCUGGUCGCCGGAUUCCCAGUGGCUCGCUGUGACGCACGGGAGGCUGUUGCAACUGUGGCGGGCGCCGGCGGUGGAGACCGGCUGGCAGUUCGAGAAGUACCGCACGCUAGGGGGGCACCGGGAGGACAUCCGGCGGAUCACGUGGUCGCAGGACUCCUUGUAUCUACUGACGUGCGGGGACGACAUGCAAGUCAGAUUGUAUUCUGUCUUGGACCAUGAAGAGGCUGGCAACGGGCGCGCGGCGUUAGAGGGAACUGUGGAACAGCAAACAGUAGACCCAAGCGGCAAGAGGAAUACGAAGUCGAAGAAACGCGGCGCCGCAGCUGAUAUUAAGUCAGCCACCGCUGCUGGAGAAGAUGAUCAUGCGGACGCGACGACCAAGAGGCUUGGCCGCUUGGGGAAGCUCACUGGGGAGAAGUCCACCCGCAGCUACGGGGGGUUCAAACCCGUGUUGUUCGCGGAAUUGAGGCAACCGGUGCGCGGAAGCUACUUUUCCCAGAACAAGGAGUACGUCUUCUGCAUUUGUAAGGACGGCGUUGUCGCGACCUGGAGAUUUCAGAAAGACGAAAAGGCGGCUGCAGUAGAGAGUGAGAGUGGUCACGGCCGCGCAAGAAUAUCAGGCGCAGUAGACGCAGUUGAGGAUUUUGACUGGAACAAGCACGAGAAAAACGACGGCGAAGAGGACGGAACCACGACUAAACAACCGGCACAAGAAAAAGACCUGCUCCUCCAACCCGGCACGUGGACGUGCGCGUCGAAGGUUUUCAUGAACCUUCCCGCCGGACAAAAAAUUACCGACUCCGACUUCAACGUGAGGACCAACGUGGCGCUCGUCGGCCUGACCGGCGGCGUUUUUUCCCUGUACGAACUGCUACCGACCGUGUCCGUGCUCCACACGCUGUCCAUCGGGCAGUCCCCGAUUGACCACGUCCGGUUGAACAACACGGGCGAGUGGGUGGCGGUGGGCUCCUCCGCCGCGGGACAGAUGCUGGUUUGGGAGUGGCAGUCGGAAACCUACAUUCUGAAGCAGCAGGGCCACCACUGGGGCGUGAACUGCUGCGCGUUCGCGCCGUCUGGCGGUUUGCGGAACGCCGGCGGGAAACAGCAGUCCGGCGCGACCGCGGAGGGUCAGGGGAACAAUUUGUGCAACCUGCACCAGGCGGUUUUGGCCACCGGCGGGCACGACGGGAAGGUGAAGCUGUGGAACACGGUGUCCGGCUUCAACUUCGUCACCUUUGCGGAGCACACCGGGGAGGUCCGCGAUUUGGUCUUCACACCCCAGGCGAACGCGGUCAUUUCCGCGAGUGUGGACGGGACGGUCCGGGCGUUUGACUUGCUCAGGUAGGAAGUUUAGAUUAUAUAUCACAGAUUGCGUUUGAUGUUGCCUUUCCCUUUUAACGCUACGAGUAGUGCUCUUUGAUGACAGUCUGCGCGAAGAUGACAAUGACUAUGCUAUCCUUUGUAGCUGACACAUUCGCCGCGCAUCACCGAGAUUGGGAUCACGAAUGUGAGGGAACGAUGAAAUAAGUCCUUUUGCAAAUGCAUCAUGAUUGAAAAAUUUACUGUUUCUUCCCAACACAAUCCGCCAGGUACCGCAAUUUCCGCACUUUCGUGUCUCCGCCCAAGGAGAAGAAAGUUUUUGGGUUCGAGUCCGUGGCCGUGGACGGGGGAGGUGAGAUCGUUGCGGCGGCCGCGAAGGGCGACGUGUACUCCGUGCUGGUUUGGUCCCUGCAGACCGGCCAAUUGUUGGACACCAUUUCCGGCAACGAGGCCCCGGUUUCCUGUCUCUCGUUCUCCCCCAAUCCUGCAAAGCCGGGCGAGCUCGCGACUGGGUGCUGGGACGGGCACUUGACCGUCAGCGACAUUUUCAAGCGCGCGCGGGGAUCGAGUCCGGAGAAAUUGCAGUGCGGCGCCUCCGUGCUCGCGCUCGCGUUUGACCCGCGGGGAAAUAACAUGAUCGCGUGCUCACAGUUGGCGGGGCAGAUCAUCUUCUGGGACACGGAAUUCGGCCAGAUUAGGGGGACUGUGGAAGGUAGGAGAAUAGAUGUUUACUGUCAUGAUCAUGAAAUUGCAGCUCACAUCAUUGUUUAUCGUGUUCAGUUUCCUGACUUUUCGUUUUCCACUUCAACCUCGUCGGUCUGAAAUUACUUUACAUGGCAAAUUCUCUAUUGCAAUCGUACGAACCCCCACCACGACCACAACUUUCAUCAGGUAUCCGUGACAUCUGUUCCGGUCGCGACGCCAAGGGCGGUCUGUCCGCCGCGAACGACCGAGGGAAGAAAUCGAAAAAGGACAAGUACAAGUACUCUCUGGAGCACGUGAACCUGAAUCAACAUUUCGGGUCCAUCGCCUACACCGCGAGUGGCUCUCUCCUACUCGCUAGUUCCCGGAACAGUCCGCACGUGUGCCUAUACUCCACCACGGCCUUUGAGCUGGUCCACAGGUAUACGUUGACGAACAACCAGAGCUUAUCCGGACUGAAAGUCUUGCUCAACGCCGGCAAAACGGUGGUGGACGGCGAGACCCUGGCGGAAUACGACCUCUCCGACAGCGAACAAGACGACUAUGAGAGAAAACGGAGACGAGUCAGAGACAACGCCGCGCUACCAGGGGUGAAGGUCGGAGACUCGGCGAAAGCGUAUUUACUUUCUAUAUGCUUGAUCGUUACAAUCUUCUUCACAUGAUCAUUGCACGGAACGUUGUUCGGGUGCUGCUCUUGACGUGUCUGCAAAAAAUAGUUAUGAAGAAAUGUUUUAUCCUAAACUAUCCCAAACCACAGCUACGAGGAGAGUCAGUUUCACUGCUGGGGCUGCGAUUUCUCCCUGGACGGCAAGAAUUUCGCGGUCGCGACGUCGCACGGCCUCAUGCUCUACGCGAUCGACUCUGGGGUGUCUGCAACAGACGGCUUCCAGUCCUACGGGACAGCACUGGAGUCCUUCCAGCCCGCCGUCUUGACGGAGAACGUUUCCAUUCCGAACAUUUUGAAAGCCCUGCAAGAACACGAGAAGGAAGUCAGAGGAUGUUGGGCGAGGGAGGAGAGCGGAGAUGAAGAAGAAGAGCCGCGAGAUGAAGUUGUCGGAACGACGCCAGCGUUGCAAUCAUCCUCCAGCACCAGUAGGAGCUCUAGUAGCUCAUCCACCCGAGGAGGGCCGCUAGAAGUACGCCGUUCCGGCUCGUCCCAUCUCACCAAGGCCUUCAUUCUCUCCCUGGCGUUGAACGACGCCCGGAUUCUCCUAGAAGUGUACGAGCGCAUCCCGAUCGAGGAGAUUUCCCUGAUGUGCCAGUCCAUCGGCGCCAGUUUGCUGCCCACGCUGAUCCACUUCUUGACGUGCAUGCUCCACCCGAGCUGGGGCAGCACCAGCAUAGAAAAGCACGUGGUCUGGCUGGAAACGCUCCUCACGACGCACAUCUCCACGUUUUUGCAGUGGACCGGCGGCCACCGGGGGAACGAAAUUCAGCAGAAGCAGCACCAGGACCCGAUAUUACUGAACGCGAAGGUGCAGGUUGGGGAGAUUCAAGCGUUAUUGCUGCAGUGUCUGCAGCAGCUUUCGGGAAAGUACUCGAAAUUGCAAAGUGUGUUUGAGAAAAACAAACACAUGCUGACCUAUCUGAGCACCAGCGGACGGUAUGAUAAGGACUUGAAUAGUUGUGCUGCACCACAGGUGGACGAAGAUGCGGAGCAAAGAACUGAUCAUGUUGCUCAAGUCUGAUCAUAAACUUGUGAAGUCAACAUGUAUGCAAAAUCAAGAAGCGAAAACUACUACACGCAAAUAAAAC